GAGCUGUAAACUUGACAUUCACUUUCAAGUGCAUUGAACCGGCAAGUUACAUCACGAUGUAACGCAAAUAUCAACAAGACGUAAAACGCGAUCCUAUUAAUUGUAAUUUUCUUCGGUUUAAAUUGGAUUUAUUAAGGCGACUUUCGAUUUUUUUAUGACCGGCAAAAUAGACUGCUGUUUAGUAAUUGGUGUAAUUAAAUGGCCUGGUACUGUCCGCAUGUCCGCAACAAUAACUCGCGUGCGAUGAGCUAUUAACAAAUGACGAUCUUCGGUGAAAGUACUUCUGUAGUAGUGAAAUUGUAAAUUUGCCAGAGGAAAAUGUAGGUUAUUUAUAAUGGAAAAAUGAAGCAACACAUUCUAUAAAAGAGAAGACCUUUCUUGUUCGGUGCAUUUGUGGAGAAGAAGUGAGAGUGGUCGGUGAAAAGUAAAUUUGUUCUUAGUGCGUGGAAUAGUGUAAACAUGCAGCCCUUGGUCCUUUUGGGAAUAUGCGUGCAAAUCAGUUACGUACUAUCAACGGCAGAAGUGAAACCCGGCGCAAACGCAAAUGCAAUUCCAGUAACCCAGCGGCCAGAAAUGUAUUACGUUGAACCAAGCGAGCAACCUCACACUAAUUUCAUCCCAGUCCAGGUGAUUCCCAAACCUAUUUUUCUAUCCCAACAACCCACAAUGCUGAUAAUUGCGCAACCGACGUACGUACCUCAACAGGUACUAUACGGUAACCCGGCAACUGCUCAGCAGCAACUCCUAAAUUACUUCCACAGUAACCCUCAAGCCAAGUACCAAUUUCUGUACGGCGGACAACCCCAACCAACCGUUCCACCAGCGUUUGUAACACAGAACGCGAUCGGCGCAUCCUCCUUGGCUUCCUACGACGUUUUACCUCAUCCCUUCCUCAACCACGUCCCUCAAGCACCAACGACACAGUUCACCAACCACUACGCCCAACCAAUGCAACUCAACCAAAUAGCUCAAUUAGCUCAAUCGGCAGCACAACAAUUUAACACACCAAUCCGCAGCGUACCUCCCAUCAUAACGGGUUUUGAGAACUUCACCCCGGAACAGCAGGUACAAAUCAAGGCGCAGUUGCGAGCGCAUCUGGGCGCACCAUUGGCCACGACCGCGUCGAUACCGACAACCACAACUCAGUCUACUCAAAAGAGUGAGGAUAAGAAUGCUCCUUCAACCGCUAACUAUAACACCCCCGGUGCAGUAAUGUACAGGGGUCAGUAUACCAAAGGAUGAAGCGAUAGUUCGAAGUUUCUUGGGUUAAUUUAUAAGACUGAUGGGCUUUUCUGUUCUAAUACUAUAAUGUUGUUGAAUAUUGUUAUUUAAAUAAAUAAACUUACACCUUU